CUGUCAUGUGUCAGUGUGACUACAGGACGUGUUUCCGGGUUGCAUCAUUUUAUAUCAAGUCAUCUUUAAACUGAGACACAUAGAACAAAGAUAUGCUUAACUGAAGUCAGCACGCAAAGACUUGUGAUUUAUUAGCAUUUUACAUGCCCUCAGGUCCAUAAUGGAGUCAGUGGUGAAAAGUGAGAUUAUUCUGACAUUUUACAUCAUUUCUUUCCUGAUUGGCCUUCCAGCCAAUCUGGUGGCUCUCUAUGCCUUCAGUGUCAAGAUCCACUGCAAGCCACUCCCAACAGACAUCCUGCUUUUGAAUCUGACUGUGUCCGACCUGCUCUUCUUGAUCAUCCUUCCUCUCAAGAUGCACGAGGCAGCAUCAGGGAUGCAGUGGAAUCUGCCCAACAUUAUGUGUUCUAUCACCUCUUUUACCUUUUUCUCCACAAUAUACACCAGCUCCUUACUGCUGAUGGCCGUUGCCGUGGUCCGCUACUUAGGAGUGGCCUUUCCUAUUGCCUAUCAGCGAUUGCAAAAACCUUUGUAUCCGAUCAUCAUCAGUGCUGUUAUGUGGCUGAUCUCAAUGGGACACUGCAGCAUCACUUUCAUCAUCCAACACCACCCAUCUCUCUCCAGCAUAAACUCCUCUAUCUGCUAUGAGAAUUUUACACCCAAGCAACUGAAGAUUCUCCUCCCCGUGCGUUUGGAGUUUUUCUUUGUGGUCUGCCUUGUACCUCUUAUAAUUUCCAUUUUCUGCUACCUGCGCUUGAUUUUGAUUCUGUACAGCCGUCCCAGGAUAUCCUGGAUGCAGAAAAGGAAGGCUAUUGGCAUGGCAUUGGGGACUCUUGCUAUGUUCCUCAUUUGUGUUCUGCCAUACAAUUUCUCUCAUUUAUUGGGUUUCUUCCAGGGUCAGAGCCCUGAAUGGAGGUACUACACUUUGCUUCUCAGCACAUUAAACACCUGCAUCGAUCCCAUCAUAUUUUAUUUCUCCUCCUCAAUCUUCCACUGCACUAGCAAAAAAUCUAUUUUCAGAAAGCAUCGUGUUAAUGAUGUAAAACUGGAAACAAGGGGCACAUGUUCAACCUGAAUCUGAAUUUUAAUCCUACUAUUUGUUUUUAAAGUAGCACUCUAUGGUUUCUUUAUUCAGUUGUUUUCAACUCAGUUCUGUUGAAAUGACCUACUGCUGUUUAUUAUUAGCUGUAUCUUAACCCAAAACCUUGGUUAAUCUUUUUAGAAGGCUUCGCAAAUUUAUAAGUCACGAGGAAGAUGUCAGCUUUAAUUUCGUAGAUUAAUUUAUUAUGGUUGGCCUAUUACUUCAUCUCCUUUAGAGUAGGUGAGAUACUCUGCACUAAUGCUUUCAGUAGAUACAUGUAUAGAAUUAAUGAGUAAGGAAAAGUAUGAAAAGUAAAAAGAAACUCAUUUGUCUUCAUUUGCACAUAGAUCAAAAACAAGAUAACAUGUAUGGAAAGAAUAUUCAAAUUAAACAAAUAAACUGUAAUUAAAAUAUGUAUUUUUAUAUGUGGUUGGGUUUGAAGCUAGAUUACCAUGUGAUUAGUUUCAAUAUCCUAAGAGCUUUAAAAAUGUAUUGAUUUAAAGAAAUAAAGUUUUAAAU